GGAAUUAAAGUUUGCUAUAUAAGGGUUAGUGUAACAAGGGAGGCAAUACAGCAAUCUGUUCUACGCACCUUGCCAAAGCUCUCUUGAAAAGCAACUAACUUUUGAAAGCAUGUUCAAAGGGCUAUUUCUUUGUGUACUGUUGGCUGCGCUCUCAGCACAGUCAAUGGCACAGCCAGAAGCCUCUGCAGAUGAAGAGGAAAUGAAUGAACGAGUAGCUCGAGGUGUUUUCGGAUUACUUGCCAAGGCUGCUUUAAAAGGAGCUUCAAAAUUAAUUCCACAUUUACUUCCAUCAAGACAACAACGGGAAGCCAAUGAUCUAGAUCUUCGCUCUGCUGAAGAACUUAUCUUUUGAAAUGCGAUUGCACAAUACGUACAAGACUGCAUUAAGGUUGGACAGUAGGAAGAUUCAUUUGAAAGCAUCCAGACCUACAAAACUACCAGCCUGUUUCUGUAAAUGAUAAAUAAACAUAACUGAGCAAAUUGAACUUA